AUGGGCGUUGUUCCAUUUUACAUCGAUUUUGUGGUUGAUUCUGAUGGUUUAGGAUUUGUGAAUGCUAGUAUCAGCCGAGUGGAGGACUCUCGGAUACAAAAUGCCUUUUUGAAUGGGCUGGAGAUUCUGGAGGUAGUGAACCAAUCAGGUUUCACUCCUCCUAGGGAAAUUGAAGUAGGGAAAAAGAAACUCUCCCCUGCUAUAAUUGGUCCUGCAUGUAGUGGGGCUUUUUUCAUCUUGGUAAUAUUAGUGGUGUUGGGUUUGAAAUUCAAGAAACCAGGGCAUGAUCAGAUUUUGAAAGUGCCUCUGUACGGAGGGUUUAGCUCGCAUGGCAGGUUGACUCAAAGAGGUCCUAAUGCUUCUCUUUCUCCUAGUCUAAACCUCAGUUUACGGGUACCUUUUGCUAAAUUACAGCAUGCAACUAAGAACUUCAGUGCAAAGCUAUUGAUUGGGGAGGGUGGAUUUGGGAAAGUCUACGAAGGAACACUUAAAGAUGGCAGGAAAGUGGCUGUGAAACGAAGCGAACCAGGACAUGGGCAGGGUCUGGAGGAGUUCCAAACAGAGAUCAUGGUGUUAUCUCAAAUCCGCCACCGCCAUCUUGUUUCUUUGAUUGGAUAUUGUGAUGAACGGCGUGAGAUGAUACUGGUUUAUGAAUUCAUGAAAAAUGGGACUCUCAGAGAUCACCUCUAUCAUUCAGAUAACAACUCUGAGAAAUCAACUUCACGGUCUGAAUUGUCUUGGAAGCAAAGACUAGAAAUUUGCAUUGGUGCUGCAAAGGGCCUACACUAUCUACACACUGGUCCGGUUGGAGGAAUCAUUCACCGUGACGUUAAGUCAACAAACAUUCUUCUCGAUGAACGUUAUGUGGCUAAAGUUGCCGACUUCGGCCUUUCGAAAUCCGGCCUUCCCGAUCUGGACAACGUCCCCACGGGUGUAAAGGGUAGCUUUGGUUAUCUUGAUCCAGAAUACCUCACUACUUUACAGUUGACAAAGAAGUCUGAUGUAUACUCUUUUGGAGUUGUACUUCUUGAAGUUCUUUGUGCUAGACCAGUCAUUAUAAAGUCACCUAAUCAACAGGAAGAGGUGAACUUAGCUGAAUGGGGGAUGCAAUGGCAAAGCAAAGGCCAACUGGAGAGAAUUAUCGAUCCGGUGCUUAUUGGUAAAAUCAAGCCAAGUUCGCUGAGAAUAUUUGGUGAUAUUGCAGAGAAGUGUUUGAGGGCAAAUAGUACUGAGAGGCCAACUAUGGAGGAUGUGCUAUAUUACUUAAAUUAUGCACUACGGCUUCAGGAAACUAGGAUGCCUAGAGAGCCAUUUGAGGAAAGCACGACGACUACCAUAACUUCAUUGGAGUUGCAGCUUCCAGUUGUUUUGAAUUUUCCUGCCAAUAAAGAUGAUAAUGGACUCAUUGGAGAGGAUGAUAGUUCUGAUAUAGAGGUAAGUGAAGUCUAAAUCCAAUUAUUAGUCAUGCCGAUUUGUAUUACAUUUCUGGCUUGUUUGGAAAAUUAUAGUUUGGGAAGUUGUGGAUGUAAGAUGUUAUUGAAAGUUUCUGAAGCCUUUUAAAAAUAUAUCUUAUGGAAAAAGUAAUAUGAAAAGAUUUAAGAGUUGGGUCUCACCUCAAUGCAAUGGGGGCCAUAUCUCUUCUUAUUAA